GGCCUGGCACGAAAGGGGCGUCCCCGGCGGAGAGCAGACCCACUAGCCCGGCCGAUUAUGGACCCGGCAGAGGCGGUGCUGCAGGAGAAAGCGCUCAAGUUUAUGGCCAACUGGAAGAAGUUGCUAAGAAGUGACACCUCAAUAAGAGGAGCAGAGAACAGAGAUUAACUGUCCUCUUUGAGCUCAGCCACAGCCUUAUUAUGAAUCUGAUGCUCUAUGCCCAGGUCUCUGUGGCUGGGCUGCUCCAGCCUGGCGGACAGCAUGCCUUCGCUGCGAUGCCUGUAUAACCCAGGGACUGGCGCACUCACAGCUUUCCAGAAUUCCUCAGAGAGAGAAGACUGUAAUAAUGGCGAACCCCCUAGGAAGAUAAUACCAGAGAAGAAUUCACUUAGACAGACGUACAAUAGCUGUGCCAGGCUCUGCAUAAACCAAGAGACAGUAUGUCUGACAAGCACUGCUAUGAAGACUGAAAAUUGUGUGGCCAAAACAAAACUUGCCAAUGGCACUUCCAGUAUGAUUGUGCCCAAGCAGCGGAAACUCUCAGCGAGCUAUGAGAAGGAAAAGGAACUGUGUGUCAAGUAUUUUGAGCAGUGGUCAGAGUCUGAUCAAGUGGAAUUUGUAGAACACCUUAUAUCCCAAAUGUGUCAUUACCAGCAUGGGCACAUCAACUCCUAUCUAAAGCCUAUGCUGCAAAGGGAUUUCAUAACUGCUCUGCCAGCACGGGGUCUGGACCAUAUUGCUGAGAACAUUCUGUCGUACUUGGACGCCAAAUCACUGUGUGCUGCUGAGCUUGUGUGCAAGGAGUGGUACCGUGUGACGUCGGAUGGCAUGCUAUGGAAGAAGCUCAUCGAGAGAAUGGUCAGGACAGACUCUCUGUGGAGAGGCCUGGCAGAGCGCAGAGGGUGGGGACAGUACCUAUUCAAAAACAAGCCUCCUGAUGAGAACGCUCCUCCCAACUCCUUUUAUAGAGCACUUUAUCCUAAAAUUAUACAAGAUAUUGAGACAAUAGAAUCAAAUUGGAGAUGUGGACGACAUAGUUUACAGAGAAUCCACUGCCGAAGUGAAACAAGCAAAGGAGUUUACUGUUUACAAUAUGAUGACCAGAAAAUAGUAAGCGGCCUUCGAGAUAACACCAUCAAGAUCUGGGAUAAAAGCACAUUGGAAUGCAAGCGGAUUCUCACAGGCCACACAGGCUCUGUCCUGUGUCUCCAGUAUGAUGAGAGAGUGAUCAUAACUGGCUCAUCGGAUUCCACUGUCAGAGUAUGGGAUGUGAACGCAGGUGAGAUGCUAAACACAUUGAUCCACCAUUGUGAGGCUGUUCUGCACUUGCGUUUCAAUAACGGCAUGAUGGUGACCUGCUCCAAAGAUCGUUCCAUUGCUGUAUGGGAUAUGGCCUCCCCAACUGACAUCACCCUAAGGAGGGUGCUGGUGGGACACCGAGCUGCCGUCAACGUUGUAGACUUUGAUGACAAGUACAUCGUUUCUGCAUCUGGAGAUAGAACCAUAAAGGUAUGGAACACGAGUACUUGUGAAUUUGUAAGGACCCUAAAUGGACACAAACGAGGCAUCGCCUGUUUGCAGUACAGAGACAGGCUGGUGGUGAGUGGCUCAUCUGACAAUACUAUCAGACUGUGGGACAUAGAAUGCGGUGCGUGUUUACGUGUGUUAGAAGGCCAUGAGGAAUUGGUGCGCUGUAUUCGAUUUGAUAACAAAAGGAUAGUGAGUGGGGCCUAUGAUGGAAAAAUUAAAGUGUGGGAUCUCAUGGCUGCUUUGGACCCCCGUGCUCCUGCGGGGACUCUCUGUCUACGGACGCUUGUGGAGCAUUCUGGAAGAGUUUUCCGACUCCAGUUUGAUGAAUUCCAGAUUGUCAGUAGUUCACAUGAUGACACAAUCCUCAUCUGGGACUUCCUAAAUGAUCCAGCUGCCCACGCUGAACCACCCCGCUCCCCUUCUCGGACAUACACCUACAUCUCCAGAUAAAUAACCCAACACUGACCUCAUACUUGCCCGGGACUCGUUAAUGUUGCAGUAUUUAACAUAUCUGCCAAGACCAGGAUGAACAACAAUCACACUCCUACCCGGAUUCCCCGGAUGGAUCAGCGAGGAGCAGGGCUUUGAGACUCCUGUUGGGACAGUCGGUCAGCAGCUGACCAGGACGGUCUGCUCGGCACAGCCGGCUGCUUCAGUGCUGCUAUCAGAAGAUGUCUUUAUCUUGUGUGAAUGAUUGGAACUUUUAAGCCUCCCCUCCUGUUCCCUACCCCCUCCCUCUGCACCUGUUUCUCUCCCAUUGGGUUCCAGACAAAGAUGACUUAUAAAUAUAUUUAGUGUUUUGCCAGAAUCUCUCUUGCUUUGCCAUUAAGCAGAAGAACUAGCUUCCCCAUCUGGCCUACUUCUAGGGGACAGGGGCUGCAACUUCCAGGCAGAGAAUGCCUGGCCUCUCCCUGUUAACUGCAGGAGUAACUAGAGCCUGGCCAGAGCAGUCCAGGCCACUGCAUGGAAGGAGACAGCUGCCUGCUUGCAUACCCUUAGAAGAGAGGGACACACACUGGAAGAUCUGCACCUGCUGCCUCCUCCCCUGUCUGGGUUUCUGUCCCUCUUCCCUCCUCCCCUACUCCAUCUUCAACCUGAGAAGGUGUGUGCAAUGUCCUCAUCUAGCAUGAGGUGGAUCACCUAAAAAAUGUGACACUUG